UAAUUCUGGUCUCCUGUGCAAGGGAUCUAUCAUCUCUCUCUCGGCUUCUCAGCUCCCCAUCUCUCUCUAAGAUCAGUCCGCGAUCAAAUCUUGCUCUUCUCUCCCUCUUCGAAGGCUCUACUACACCAAAGUCCGAUCAGAUUAAGGCAACAGCUAACUGCCUACGCCAUGAAGAAAGUUCUCUGCAGUAUGUCUUAAACACCGCCUAAAAGAGGAAAUUGUUUAUACAAGUUGUUUAUGAAGAUGUGUUUUUGCCUCUUCUGGUAAUUUGGGGUCAUGAAGGACUAGUGCGUGAAAGAUGUUGAAUUGCAAAUCAUGAGAUGCUUUGAUGUUGUGCUUGUGAAUGCUCGAUAUGAUGUACGUGCCAGUGCUUUCUGUUAACGCAGCUCCUAAGACCGGCAUCUGCCUCACGGGGACAGCAGGAAGAGGAAGUAGUUGGCAGACCUUGAUAGUCAAGACCCCCUAUGGAUCAUGCACUGGAUUCAUACGGCCCGGAAUCCAAUGAAGCGAUGGUUAACCCUUGAAGGGAUAGUGAACCUUCUUUUUUGAGUGGUUACCAUAGAACACAGAGACAGAGAGAAGUUCACGCUUUCUCCAACUUGCUCGCAGAUUUGUUGCAAUUCAUGGGUCGAUUUUUUCCUUAUUGCUCGGUUGAGUUGAAAACUAGCACGGACAGUGAUUGAAAAAGCGUGCCUAGGCGAGGCGAGGUGUGAGGCGACACUACAACACCUCAGGGGUGCAAGGCAAGUUGAGCUUAGAGGAGGCGAGUGACUAGUCGGUAAAACCUCGCCUAGUCGUGAGACGACGUAAAAAGCGCGACUAGGCGUCGGCGACCACCGUCGACCAAGCCCAGCCGUCGAUGACCACCGUCGGCCACCCCCAGACGUCCGGCGACCCAACCCCUGUCCUCGCCGACCACCUUCAGGCAUUUUCAGGCCACCGGCUACUUCGUUUGUAUUCGACAAAGUCUGUGUACGAAGUUCAAAGGGUAUUGUCAAUUUAACUAGAAAAUGGAGCUGAAUACCAUCAGAGAUUCAUUUGAUCGAGUUACUAAGAAGCAAAAGUUGUCUACUUCCAAAUCCCUGGAAGUAAUAGACCAAAUUGGCCAUGAAAUUGAACAGGCACUGGCAAAUAUCCACUCCAUUCAAGGCUCCACCUCUCCAGCUGAUCAGAAAUCCAUUCUCAUGGAACUUAAAACCAAGCUGAAUGCGAUUGGCCCACACAACCAGCUAGAGGAAUCCCAGAAGGAGCUAAACACAAACCUAAGCAAGUACCAGAAAACCCUUGAUAAAUAUUUCAACCCUGACAUUUCCAAAGCAUACAGAAAUGUUGACUACGACCCCCACAUAUUGAACCAUAUCAUAGUAAGCCAUUUUUACCGAGUGGGUUUCUUUGAUGUCGCGGACUGCUUAAUAACUGAGGCUGCAGAACCAGAGGCUGUUUCCAUCAAAUCACAAUUUCUAGAGUUGCAUAAAAUAUUGAAAGCUAUGAGGGCUAGAGACCUUGAGCCUGCUCUCUACUGGACCUCCACCAACCGCGAAUGCCUCAACCGGAUCGGUUCAAAUCUAGAACUGAAAUUUCACAGGCUACAAUAUGUGGAGAUUUUGCAGAGUGGGACACAAGCAGAUGCGCUGAAUUACGCCCGGAACCACCUUUCUCCUUUCGCUUCCCUUCACAUGGACGAAAUCCGGAAGCUCGUGGGUUGCCUUUUAUGGGUAGGAAAGCUAGACAAAUGCCCUUAUUCGGAGUUAUUCUCAGAAAACCAUUGGGAGAAGUUGGCGGAAGAGUUGACUCGGCAGUUCUGCAGUUUCUUGGGGCAGUCCUAUGAGAGCCCAUUGAGUGUUGCAGUAGCCGCUGGAGUGGAAGGAUUGCCAACGUUAUUAAAGCUGACGAAUGUCAUGGCUGUUAAGAAGCAGGAGUGGUUGGCAAUGAAACAACUGCCGGUGCCUGUGGAUUUGGGUAAGGAGUUUCAGUUCCAUUCAAUAUUUGUGUGUCCAGUUAGUAGGGAACAAGGGAAUGAGGAGAAUCCGCCUAUGCUAUUACCCUGCGGUCAUGUUUUAUGCAAGCAGUCUAUUAUGAAACUUUCCAAAAGCAGCACACGGACAUUUAAGUGUCCAUAUUGUCCCCAUGAGGCUUCAGUUGCACAGUGCAGGCAGCUUUAUGUCUGAUGCUCUCUCUCUCUCUCUCUCUGACUGAAUAUCUGGGUGUAGUGGUAUUGAGGGUUCCGAAAAUGGAAAUACUCUGUGAAUUCUUCUUCACGUUAUAUUGAAUAGAAUAAAGGAGCAAAGUUGUUUCUUGAGAACCAUGUAUAAAGCUUUGGUGGCGUGAAAAAUUGGAAGAUCUUAUUUGAUUUGAGAACUUGGUUAUUUCUUGUAUGGAGUAAGGUAAGGAGGUAUAGCCACAGCUAUGGUUUAGGUUUUCACUUUUCAGACUCUUGAAAGACGGCAGCUUCCCCUUUUGGGUAGAAGAUGGCUUUGCCACAAAUUGAUACAUAUGGAACAUAAUUCAUUAGUGA